AAAGAAUCAUAAACAAAAUCAAUUCCAAUGCACCAAAAAAAAGCUGCAAUACCGAUUCGCACCAAACCAACAGAUCAAGGUUGAAAUAGCCACUUAAACGAAAACAACUAUGUUGGAGAGAGAGAGGAAAGUACCUACCAUGAGUUAACGAGUGGAAUCGGAUGAGCAGCUGAGUUUCCGAUCGAGUUGAGAUUAGAAGGAGAAAAGCAGCGGCGACUCUGUAACCCUAGUGGCAGGGUAACAAAAGCAGGAGGAGGAACUGACGACCAACCUCUCUCUCUACAAUUGUAAUUUCAAUUUGCAAGAAAGAAAAUAACUCAAAUAAGAAGAAAUAUAUAUAUAUAUAUAUCCGGAAAGUGGGCACUUCCCAAAAAAUAAUUGGAGUCCCACACCAAACUGCGUCUUUUUCCUCUAAAAAAACCCAGCCUUGCUGUUGGUCUUUUCUCUCAAAAAUCAGCCCCUGCUCCUUGCCUCUCCCGACAAUUAUCUCCAUCUCCUUCUUUGCCCCUUCUGAAAUCAUCUCCAUCGCCUCCUCACCUCCUCGACUCCGCCCCUAUAAAAUACAAUAAACCCCACAAUCUCUCGCAGCUAAGAAUCCUCAUAAGUCUAGUUAUAUCCAACAAAGUGGUAUCAAAGCUCCUUAUCGAAAUGGCAAGUGGGAAUCUAGUUUCAUUGCAGGUUCCAAAAUUCUCAAAAGAAAAGUUUGACAAUUGGUGCAUCCGAAUGAAGGCCAUACUCGGUGCACAUGAUGUGUGGAAAAUUGUUGAGAAUGGAUAUGAUGCUCCUAAAGACGUGAGUGCUCUUACACAAGCACAAAAGGAUCAAUUUAAUAGCAUCAAGAAAAAGGAUCAAAAGGCCGUUUCUCUCAUUCACCAAGCAUUGGAUGAGGUUACCUUUGAGAAGGUUUCUAAUGCCACCACAGCAAAGGAGUUGUGGGAGAAGCUUCAAGCUGCCUGUAAAGGAAAAGAAAAGGCAAAGAAAGUUCGCCUCCAAAGUUUGAGAGGUGAAUUUGAAGCUGUCCAAAUGAAUGAGACAGAAAAGGUGUCAGAUUAUAUUUCAAGGGUCAUGGGGAUUGCCAACCAGAUGAGAAGGCUUGAUGAAGAGGUGACUGAUUUAAGGAUAAUUGAAAAAAUUCUUAGAUCAGUUAUGGAGAAUUUUGAUUAUGUGGUGACGGCCAUUGAUGAAUCAAAGGACUUGGAAGACAUGACUGUUGAAGAGUUAAGUGGUUCACUUGAAGCACAUGAGGAGAAGCUCAAUAGAAGAAAGAAAGAGCCUGUGGAGCAGGUUCUACAGUCAAGACUUUCUCUGGGUGAUAAAGAACAAAAGGGAGGCACAAGUCAAGGAGGACGAGGUCGAGGUCGAGGCCGUGGACGCAGUCGUGGUCGAGGACGUGGAAGAGGAGGAAGAAGUGUCCAGAACACUAAUCAAAGCAGAGAUGAAAAUUUUCAGUUCUCCUUUUUGAGAGGCCGUGGCAGAGGAGGAUCAAGGCCAUAUCAGAAGAGAUUUGGCAACAAUGUGAAAGCCAAUUUCUCUCAAGACAAAGAUAAAGAAGUUAAUGAAGAGGUGGAGCCAACUCUCUUGUUGGCCUGCAAAGAUAUGAAGAAUGAGGGAAAGCACUCUUGGUACCUUGAUACUGGAGCAAGCAACCACAUGUGUGGAAACAAAGAAUUAUUUGUGGAGCUUGAUGAGAAAGUUGGCGGCAACAUCACCUUUGGAGACUCCUCCAAAAUACCAGUGAGGGGUAAAGGUAAAAUUCUGAUACGCAUGAAGGACGAAAAUCAUCAAUUCAUCUCAAAUGUUUAUUAUGCACCUGACAUGAAGAGUAAUAUUUUGAGUGUGGGCCAACUGUUAGAAAGAGGAUAUGCUGUUUUCACAAAAGGUUGCAGUUUGUACUUGAAAGAUUCUGCAGGAAGGUUGAUUGCCAAAGUCCCAAUGUCAAAAAAUCGUAUGUUUGCUAUGAACAUACAUACAGAUGUGGCUAAAUGCUUAACAUCUUGUUAUAAAGAUUCUUCAUGGCUGUGGCACUUGAGAUUUGGGCAUAUGAACUUUGGAGGACUUAAGGCUAUGGCUAGCAAAAGAAUGGUGAAAGGCUUGCCCUCGGUGAAUCAACCUGAUCAACUUUGUGAAGGUUAUCUUCUUGGUAAACAAUCAAGAAAGAGCUUCCCAAAACAGUCUCAAUCAAGAGCAACGAGGCCACUACAGCUAGUUCACACUGAUGUCUGUGGGCCGAUCACCCCAUGUUCUUUCGGUAAGAACAAAUACUUUCUUUUGUUCAUUGAUGAUUAUAGUAGAAAAACAUGGGUAUAUUUUCUUAAAGAAAAAUCAGAAGUGUUCAAGUGUUUCCAGAAUUUUAAAGCACUUGUGGAGAAGGAAAGUGGCUUUAAAAUCCAGGCAUUGAGAUCUGACAGAGGAGGUGAAUUCACUUCUAAAGAAUUUCAAGAGUUCUGUGCUGCCAAUGGAGUUCGCCAUUUUCUUACUGCUCCAGGAUCGCCACAACAAAACAGAGUGGUGGAAAGGAAAAACAGAACCAUUCUGAAUAUGGCAAGAAGUAUGAUGAAGACCAAGAAGAUGCCAAGAGAGUUCUGGGCUGAAGCUGUUGAGUGCGCAGUCUACUUGUUGAACCGCUGCACAACAAAAGCAGUUGAAAAUAAAACUCCAAUUGAAUUAUGGAGUGGAAGAAAGCCCUCAGUCCAUCACCUGAAGGUGUUUGGAAGCAUUGCAUUUGCCCAUGUUCAUGAUGGAAAGCGCACCAAGCUUGAUGACAAGUGCAAGAAGUAUGUGUUUGUUGGUUAUGACUAUAGAACAAAAGGAUACAGGCUUUAUGAUCCAGAAGGUGGCAAAGCAGUCAUCAGUAGAGAUGUGGAUUUUGAUGAAGAAGCCAUAACAGCUUAUAAACAUCCUGCAUUGGCAGAAGAAGUACCCGUUCAAACUAUCAGCACUUCCCUUAAGCAUCAAUUUAGCAGUAUAAGGCUCCAACUUUUCAUCUACCAUUAGGAUGCAUAUUCCUUUGUUCGUCAAUACCUCGACAACCAGCACGGCCACUCAUUUGUAUCUACUCUCCACUAGGUAUCCAUCUAAAAUUGUUCCCAUCGAAUUUACCAACAUUUGAAAAACAAAAGUUUUGGCUGGCAUGUUCAGACCUAUGCUGAAAGUCUGUGGCAAACAAACACUGAAGAAAAUUCUUUUAACAUUUAUAACACCUCAAGAACAACUUUCUAUUCAAGGUUAAUUCAACCAAGAGUAUUACACCAAGAAGCUAAACAUACAAGAAAGUCAACAAAAAAAU